UUGGUAUCUAGGCCUAAACCCCCAAAACCUUUCCAUUUCCACUCUGACGCUUCUAACCCAUACGACGAUUCAAAUCUCAAACCAUGCUCCAUCGCUUCAUCUGCAAAUCAUCUCAUCUCCGAUUCCUCACCCAAAUCUCCAGUAAUACUCAUUUCCUGAAGUCGAGUAUCUGUUCUACUCGCCCCACGAUCGCUGCUCCUGCCUCCUUUUUAUUCCUUAAGGAUUUCCAAUUUUUCUCCACUGACAGGGGCAACAAUGGCGGAGGUUCUCCAUACGGGCCCUCUGAUUCGUGGAAGCUAUCUUCCGAUAUUGAAUCCGUGUUCUCGGAGGAAAUAGAUGUAUCAGAAACAAUUCCACGUGGUGAAAGCCCCCUGCUUAGGGAUUUGGAGGUACCAGAAAAGGGUGGUGCGGUUGCCAGCGGUGGAUUGAGAGAGGAUCACCUGCCGUGGACUAUUGAGGAGGAGGACGGUAACAAGAAUCUGUUCGAAAAUUUGGCAGAAGAUGAAAAGGGUCACCAGGAGUUAGAAAGUAAUGGCACUGUUAGGGAGAAGGAAGAAUGGGCCACAGCAGCAGGGUACCAACCCUGGAGUGUGGCUGUAGAUAAUAUUGGUGAGACCGUGUUUGAUAUAGGAGAAGAACAAAAGCUUGAUGGCGUUGAUUUUAAUGGAGAAGAGGAAGAAAGGUUGCGGAAGGAGAAGCUAGAGGAGGAAAAGAGACUUGAGAUAGAAGAGAAAGCUCUCACUGCUGUUCUUAAAGGUCCAAACCGUGCAUUUGGGGAUUUAGUUGCAGCUUCUGGAAUCACUGAAGAAAUGCUAGAUAGUCUGAUGACUUUAAAAAACCUUGAAGGCAUUCAAGGAUUGCCACCUCUACACGAAAUAGAAGAUAUGCGCUAUGAAAGGAACACAAGAAAAUCUAGUAGAGCAGAAAUUGAGCGUCAAAAACAAGAGGAAGUUGCCAAGGCAAGAGUGAGACAAGUGGAUGAGAAGGGAAGGGCUUAUGGGACAGGAAAGAGAAAAUGCAGUAUAGCCCGUGUUUGGAUUGAACCUGGUGAUGGAAAAUUUAUGGUAAAUGAUAAAGAGUUUGAUGUGUAUUUUCCGAUGCUUGAUCAUAGGGCCAACCUUCUCCGUCCUUUUUCGGAAACAACAACAUUGGGUAUGUGGGAUGUUAAGUGUACCGUAAAAGGUGGUGGUGUAUCAGGUCAAGUUGGUGCGAUUCAGUUGGGCAUUAGCAGAGCGUUGCAAAACUGGGACCCUGAGUUGCGUCGUCCCCUGAGAGAAGGUGGUUUCUUGACCAGAGACUCAAGAGUUGUUGAAAGGAAAAAGCCCGGUAGAGCAAAAGCAAGAAAGAGCUUCCAAUGGGUUAAACGUUGAGCUUCAACUGUAUGGUCAGUUUUUGUAUUAGUUGCUAUAGAAUAUCGCUAUGAGUUAAGAAAAUGGUUCAUGUGUAAUUCUUUUUUGUUUCAAUCCCUCCCGCGGAAUAGAGACCAGGCUUAAAUGUCUUUAAAUGGGAAGGGGCAAAUCAGAACACUAAUAUUUAUGUUGGUUCAUAUUAUUCAAAAAAAAUUAAUUAUUAUGCUGAUGUCUGUUCACCCUGCUGCAUUGUUAAAUAACCAUCCGGGGUUGAUGACGCUCGAAAAAUGUAAAUUUCUGGUUUAAACGGACUGAACUCUUGCUCAUCGGGUAUUAAAGUGAUUUUGUAGUGAUUAUGCUUUUUUUUAAAUAAGGGAUGAGUUUUCUGAGUCAAGG